AUGCUGGUUUUGCUUAAAGACGAACAUAAGGAACAUCUGAAAUUUCUGACAGGCGUCGAAGUUGGCGUUGUUCGGGAAUUUUGCCGGAUUUCCAUAGAAUUCAUAAAAAAUGGUUGCAAUCCUAAAGUUUAUCAGAGUGCAGCACAAAAGCUUGAAGUUGAUGCUGAAACUGUUCAGUAUGCUGUUGAAGGUUUAAUGUAUUUGCUAAGUGAGACUUCAAAACUAAUGACUAAUGAGGUAGAUUUCCAGGAUUCCAUUAGCAUUCUUGGGUUUUCGGAAGAGAUUGUACAAGUUCUUCUGGCAAUGUAUCUCGAGAACAGAUUGAUGAUCCGUAAUGUACUUUCAGACAUGUCAAUGGAUCUUCCUCAUUACUAUGAUUUGGAAUGGCGUCUGGAUGUUCAGGUAGCCAGCCGAUCUCUUCGACACCAGAUAACACCAAAUAUUGUGUUAAAACUCCAUUUAGAGGAAGACCAUGAAAAAAGCACCCACAUUCUGCAAACUGAUCCUGGUAACUUAAUGCAACUGACUAAGGAAUUGGAAAAAGCCUUGGAUGAAAUUAAAUCCACAUACUGUCGCCGUAUUGUAAGAAACAUAGACUGA